GCUUGGGGUUGGCCAUUGUCUGAUGAUUGGUUGUGGGGGUCGGUCGCAGCGUGGAGUACCACAGUCUGAGGAUAGAUUGUUAGCGUCGGCAGCAGCGAGGAGUACCCCAUCCUGAGGAUGAGUUGUUCGGCCAAAGCUUGAACGAGCAUAGUCUGAGGAGUGCUACUGUUUAUACAGGUCAGCCUUUAAACACCAUUACUCGAGUUAAGAUUACAUCUUAUUAGCCCAGAUUGUAUUAUUCAUCUUAAUACAACGAAGCAUUCAUAAUGCCAGAUAAUAAGUAUUGGAUCGUACCACUUCUGGGGCUUGGAGUUCUCAGUCUGUGUGGGGGUGAUGAUCAAGAGCAUAGCAAUGAGUUUGAGUACGCAUAUAAACACGCUGUGAAAGCUGAUCAAUGUAAUGAGAGAAGCACAGAUUGUCUCAACAACAUCAACCCGUGUUACAAACAUGGCCAGGCGGCCAACAUAGUGGACGGCUCCAGGCCCACCCUACAAAUGGUAGAAAUUCCAGGAGGCAAAUUUAUAAUGGGAAACAAUAACUCCAGAUUCCGUAAUGAGCGGGAUAUACCUGCGAGAUGGGUAGAGAUUAAUACAUUUUACAUGGAUGUCUACGCAGUAUCUAAUGCAGAGUUUGAAGUGUUUGUUAACGCCAACAACUACAAAACGGAGGCCGAGAAGCUUGGGGAAUCGAUCGUAGAUGAGGUGGACAUAUCAGAAGAAAUCAAAUCUACUAUAUACGAAGCUUUUGCCGAGAUGACGUGGUGGCUGCCUGUGAAGGGCGCAGACUGGAAGCAUCCUGAAGGCCCGGACUCGAGUAUCCUAGAUCGUAUGGACCAUCCAGUUGUGCAUGUGUCAUGGAGUGAUGCUGUAGCAUUUUGCUCCUGGAUGGGCAAGCGACUACCCACAGAGGCUGAGUGGGAGCGAGCCUGUAAAGCUGGAGUACACGAGUUGAUAUUCUACAUGGGCGACCAAUAUUUACCAAACAAUCAGUUCAGGUCAAACAUGUGGCAAGGAAAAUUCCCGACGGAGUUCACAGGAGAGGAAGGGUGUGCGGGUCAUUGUCCAGUAACGUCACACUCUUCUAACGGUUAUGGCCUGUAUAACAUGUUGGGCAAUGUCUGGGAGUGGACUGCCGACUUGUUUCUGGAAAGCGAUUAUCCAGGCAAUCACACAAAUCCGGUAUGUCCUUAAUUAAUUAAUCCUUUG